ACCAUUAGAGAACUUGAAAUAUACAAGGACUGGAAAUAUAAUUAUCAGAAAACAUAAGGACUAAAACCCCAAAGAACCGUCUUUUGCAUGUCAGCUAAUGGACAAUUUCAAGAAUGCAAUGAAAACAAGAAACUCAGAAAUUAUCCUCACUUCACAAUGAAAAACAACCAUCAGAGUUGCCAAAUCCAAAGUUCUGGAUUAGACUUACUAAAUAAUAUCACAAACCCAUUAACAAAUUGGUCUUACAACAUAAAAAACUACAUAUCUCGAAGAAAAUUCAAACAAGCCCUUUUAAUAUACACCCAGAAUCGUAUAAAUGGAAGUUCAAUAAUUGGUGCUAUUCCUUUAGUUCUAAAAGCAUGUGCUUCACUUACAUUACUUAGUCUUGGCAAAGCCUUACAUGCUGAAUCUUUAAAAUCAGGAUUUAAUUGUAAUGUAAUGGUGGGAACUGCAUUAUUAGAUAUGUAUGGAAAAUGUGGUGAAAUUAGGAGUGCUCGUAAAGUGUUUGAUAAUAUGCCUGAAAGAAAUGUGAUAACAUGGAAUGCUAUGAUUGGGGGUUAUAUGAAGAGUGGUGAUGUAAAGACUGGAUUUUUAUUGUUUGAGAAUAUGUCUGAGAAGACAAUUGUUACUUGGAAUGAAAUGAUUGAUGGGUAUGCUAGAAAUGGAGAUAUGGUUAUGGCUAGGAGUUUUUUUAACCGUGUACCGGAUGAGUUGAGAAAUGUUGUGACAUGGAGUGUGAUGGUUGAUGGGUAUGCUAGUAAUGGGGAUAUGGAUGCUGCUAGAGAAUUGUUUGAGAUGAUGCCAAGAAGAAAUUUUUAUGUAUGGUCGUCGAUGGUUUCUGGUUAUUUCAAGAAGGGUGAUGUUGAGAAUGCUGAGGAAAUAUUUGCUAGGAUGACUAUGAAGAACUUGGUGAGCUGGAAUUCAUUGAUAUGUGGUUAUACACAAAAUGGGUUGUGUGAAGAAGCGUUAGAAGCAUUUAGGGAAAUGCAAGAUGAGGGGUUUGAGCCAGAUGAGGUUACUGUAGUUAGUGUUUUAUCGGCUUGUGCUCAGUUAGCGUUGCUGGAUGUUGGCAAGGAUAUACAUGAAAUGAUAAUUCGGAAAGGGAUUGAAUUGAAUCAAUAUGUUCUUAAUGGGUUGGUUGAUAUGUAUGCAAAAUGUGGGAAUUUGAGUAAUGCUAGAUUGAUUUUUGAAGGGAUGUUAGUGAAAAAUGAUGCUGCUUGGAACUCGCUAAUAUCUGGUUUCGCCAAUCAUGGCCACUGCAUGGAGGCAAUUAAUUUAUUUGAGAGAAUGGAUAGUUCAGGAGUGAAACCUAAUGAUAUAACAUUUCUAUCAGUGCUAUCGGCUUGUGCCCAUGGUGGAUUUGUGGAGGAAGGUUUAGAGGUUUUCUCCAGGAUGGAGAAAUAUGCAUUGACGGCGAGCAUCAAGCAUUAUGGUUGUCUUAUUGACCUUUUGGGAAGGGCCGGAAGAUUGAAGGAGGCUUGUGACUUGAUUAAAUGGAUGCCUUUUUCACCAAAUGACACAGUUUUUGGGGCUCUGCUUGGAGCAUGCCGGGUUCACUCGGACACAGAUGUGGUGGAAAACUUGCUGAAAGAGGUCCGUAGCAGCGAUUCUGGUGAUGAUGCACAUUAUGUGAUUCUUUCUAAUGUAUAUGCUGCUGCUGAAAAAUGGGAGAAAGCUGAAAGGAUGAGGUUUGCCUUGUCAAAUAAAGGGUCUCAGAAGACACCUGGGUGUAGUGUGGUCAUGCUCGAUCAACCAACGACUAAUUUUAUGGAAGUAUUGCCUGAGUAA